AUGGACAACUCGGUGGUCAUAUGCGUUCUCGCAAAGGAGGCCGAUAAGUCAAACCCUGCGGUGAAGGCUGCGAUGCGGCGCGGCUGGCUUCUGGAGUGCAACGGGCUGUCUGAGGAGACGUGCACGGAAUACAUCGCCACUUACCUCGGGGUACCCCAGAAAUCACUUGACAGUGGGGCAGCCCCGCUGCGGGACUUCAUCGGAAAGGUCUCUUUGGGUAACCCCUUGUUCAUCCGCGAGACCAUCGACCAGCUGCUGCUCCAUGACCUUGUCAAGGUCCGGAAAAGGCGGGACGGCGAGGCCGACCUCAGCUACCACCAAGACCUCGAGGGUGUCAACAUCGCAUCCUGGUACCAGACUUCCAUGGUGGGAGAGACCAUCUCGUGA